AUUGAUCGCGCAAAUCUAUUACGGCCAAUAAAUACAACCAUAAAAUUAUCGCAUUUGGUAGAACUUUACUUCUGAACCAUUUAGUAUGAUGACGUAGCGAUGUUUACCUUCAGCUCAUUACAGGGGGCGCUGUCGGAGUCAUCCGCGUCGCAAUCCAUACUUGAGCUAGAUGGAGGCAUAAAGGUCUUGGUCGAUGUUGGUUGGGAUGAGUCUUUUGAUGUCGCAAAGUUAAAAGAACUAGAGAAACAAGUCCCGACACUUUCUCUUAUUCUUCUCACGCAUGCCACGACAAACCACAUCGCCGCUUUCGCGCAUUGCUGCAAGCACUUCCCUCUCUUCACCAGGAUCCCCGUUUACGCGACAUCACCUAUCAUCGCCUUAGGCCGUACUUUACUUCAAGAUCUUUAUUCCUCGACUCCUCUUGCCGCUACGACUAUUCCAUCAAGUUCCCUUGAUGAGGCUUCAUACGCGACCCAACAAUCCUCCGAUAUCCUCUUACAAGCGCCCACCCCCGAAGAAAUCGCAACCUAUUUCUCACUCAUCCACCCUUUAAAAUACUCGCAACCGCACCAACCUCUAGGAUCGCCGUUUUCUCCUCCCUUAAAUGGUCUAACAAUUACCGCAUACAACUCCGGUCGCACACUUGGAGGAACUAUAUGGCACAUACAACACGGACUGGAGUCUAUCGUGUAUGCCGUAGAUUGGAAUCAAGGACGUGAAAAUGUGUACGCGGGAGCAGCUUGGUUGGGCGGUGCCGGAGGUGGAGGCUCGGAAAUCAUCGAACAGCUUCGAAAGCCGACAGCUUUGGUCUGUAGUAGUAGGGGCGGCGAGAAAACUUCGAUUGCCGGAGGUCGAAGUAAGCGAGAUGAACAGUUACUAAACAAGGUGAAAUCCUGUGUCGCAAGAGGAGGAACCGUUUUGAUACCCAUUGAUUCAAGUGCUCGUGUGUUGGAGCUGGCAUAUUUGAUGGAUCACGCAUGGCGCGCGGAUACGACUACGGGCGAGGGCCAUUUCAAAUCCGCUAAACUCUACCUUGCAAGUCGCAAUAUUCAUAGUACUAUGAAAUAUGCGCGUAGCAUGCUCGAGUGGAUGGACGAUAGUAUCGUCCGGGAAUUUGAGGCUGUUGUCGAUGGCUCUAGGAAAGUUAACGGCACAGCGGAUGCGGCAAAAUCUGGCAAGGAAGCCGGUCCAUUUGAUUUCAAGUUUCUAAAGCUUCUCGACAGACAAGGUCAAAUCGACAAGGUAUUCGGCGCCGGGACUGAAGAGGAUACCCCAACUAGCAGGGUUAUUCUUGCGAGCGAUUCGACUCUAGAAUGGGGCUUCUCGAAGGAUGUACUAAGGCGCAUUGCACAAGACCCGAAGAACAUGGUCAUCUUGACCGAAUAUCCCUCUUUGGCGUCAGAAACGCAACCAUCUCUAGCAAGGUGUCUUUGGACGUGGUGGAAAGACAGUCAGGAACGUGCCGGCGACAAUGUGAAUGGCGAAACUAAACACGAAAUUGAAUUUAUUAAUGCGAAGAGGCAGGCUUUGGAGGGUAACGACCUAGCAAGAUACCAGCAAUGGCUUGCACAGCAACGUCAGCUUCAGACCACCCUUCGGAGUACAGGAGCCGACGCACUUGAAGCGGCUGGGGAUGUGGGUGACGAAGCUUCGGAAUCCGAGUCUGAAUCGGAAGAUUCCGAUAACGAGCAACAAGGCAGAGCGUUAAAUGUUGCGACUACGAUGGGGCAAGCAAGUAGGAAAAAGGCCGCACUCACGGACGAAGAUCUCGGUAUCAACGUACUAUUGAAGAAAAAGGGCGUCUACGAUUUCGAUGUUAAGAACAAGAAGGGCCGAGAUAGGAUGUUUCCGCACCCAGUCCGUCGAAAGCGGGGUGACGACUAUGGCGAACUUAUUCGACCUGAGGACUUCCUCAGAGCGGAAGAGAGAGAUGAUAACGACGGCCAAGAUUUAGCACAAAUGGGUAGUGACGACCAGGAGAAGCUUGGGAAGAAGCGGAAAUGGGAUAACGCCGCAGGCUCCGCUAAGAACCAGGGCCUAGGACCGUCAAAGCGACCCAAUCUUACGCGAAGUGUUACCGACGACUUCGAAAUCGCAGUAUCCGAUGGACCUGUUGAAGACGAACUCGAUGGAAUCCCUGAUGAUCUUGAUGAGACAAGUAUGGGGCCUUCGAAAUUGGUUUUUACGAAAGAGACUAUUGCCGUCAACCUCGAAGUCGAGUUUAUCGAUCUUAGUGGUGUCCAUGACAAGCGAAGUUUGCACAUGUUGAUUCCCUUGAUUCAACCCCGGAAACUUGUUCUCAUUGGUGGAACCGGGGGAGAGACCUUAACGCUCGCUUCAGAUUGCAAGAAGCUAUUAGCGGAGGGCUCCGUCAGCGUCUACACGCCGAGUAUAGGUGUGGCAAUUGACGCGAGCGUGGAUACAAACGCUUGGGUGGUGAAACUUGCCCCCGCCCUUGUUAAACAGCUUAAAUGGCAGAACGUCCGCGGCUUAAGCAUCGCAACGGUUACGGGUCAGUUGCUUGCAGUUCAGAGGGAACUAGCGGCACGCCAAGAGGAAGAAGCAGCCAACAAGCGACUCAAAACCGAAGAUUCAGAAGAACAUGCAAAUGUUCCACCAGCGAAGGAUAUUCCCACAGAACCUACAUUAGACAUUCUUCCCACUAACAUGGCAUCGGCGACGCGAUCCGUCGCUCAGCCUCUACACGUUGGAGAUUUGAGGUUAGCGGAUUUGCGAAAAGCAAUGCAACAAUCGGGCCACACGGCAGAGUUUAGAGGUGAAGGAACAUUACUUAUCGAUGGGUCAGUGGUGGUGCGGAAAACUACAGCAGGUCGUAUUGAUGUCGAGAGUAUCGGUCUACCGACGGACGGGGGUCCGGCUACUCAGCUUGGUGGUACAUUCUACGCGGUCAAAAGGACUAUCUAUGAGAGUCUGGCUGUAGUUGCCGGUGCUUAAGCGAAUGAGGGGCAUUUUCGCGGACAUGUACUACUAUGUGGAAUUGAAUACCAAACCGAGUUCGCAGAUACACCAAAAGCCAUCCUCUAAUGCAUCAUAUCGAUAGAACCUAUUAGCGUAUCAAAAUGCUUCUAAUUGCAAAUGUAUUCGGACUUGGAUAUGAAUGUGAUUGUUUAAUG